UUAAAACUUUAAAAUUGUUCAAUUAAUUAGUUUUAGUUAAUUUCUUUUUAAACUUUCAUUUUUUUUAAACAAAAAUGCCUUCCGUGAAAAGAAAACUGUCGGAGCGAAGAGAAAAUACAAAGGAAAAAAGUGAAAGAUCUAGUUUAUCAACUAGAUCAACGAAAGCAGGGCAGAAGACAAAUAUUCCAGACCCAAGAAAAGAUCACGAAUUAAGUGUUUUUCCUUUGACAGGCUUGACAUCAUCAUCUUUAACGACAAAGGCAUCAUCAAUGACGUCAACAACAGUCCUGACAUCAGCUGCCAAUGUCUUUGAUGAUGGUUCUGAAGUUGGGAAUAUUUUGCUAAAACUUGGGGCUUACUAUGGUGAUUCAAAUUCAACCAAUGUGGUACUGGAUAAGGAGAUAAUAACAUUCCAACAGCAGUUAACUAAGGCAUUGAAGAUCCACCUUGAUUAUCCUAUGAUACUAGAAGAUGCCUCUAGAUUUUUCAAGAAAUUAUUCAAGGAUAUUUUCAAAUUGAAGACGUUUUUGAGUCCAAUUAUAGUUAAGAAGAACGGUGAAGAGAUGAAACCAAUGACCCUGACUGGAGUGAAUGAAAGUUUCGUCAGGAUUCUUCUUCAGGUUGACGUCCUACAGCCAUAUAUGGUCAUUUUGCUGUUUGACACAUUGAGCCAGCUGAAUUCUAAAGACAAUAACUUACCAGGCAAUGACGAUAAUCUCAGCUGUAGCAUGGUCAAGCAGUUCUGCUGGCUACCUAAGAUAACGAAACCGAAAGACUUAAUAAGCAAGCUAUUCAACACCCUGCCAACUCUCCGGGGUCCGAUACAACAGGAGUUGAUACUGGCCCUGCCCGAGAUUGUGGAAGAUUCCCAGCAUGCCGAGAUCAGCCACCGACUCAUAACCGUCCGCAGAUCAGAAACAAUGAAGGGAACGCUGUCACUGAUAAUCGACAGCCUCAAGAUCGCCACAAUGUUUAGAAGACAUGUCUCUACUGCUUGGCUCAAGGCCAUAGAAUCCACACAGAACUCCGACGACAUAAAAAUGAUUGACAUUUUUGUUUUAUUCAUCCUCUACGACGGUGACGAUGGAAAGAAAGUUGUUGAGAAUGUUUUCAAGUCGAAAAUUAUUGAGGGGGUUAUCAAUGUUGGCGUCCUGGCCGAUGUAUUGACGAAAGACGUUGGUUGUAGCAUGUACAAGUUGUCAUUCGCAUCGUUCAGCGUUUAUUAUCAGCAGGAAAUAGUAGGUCACCUGGUGACCCAUAUAGGGAGCUGUUCUGACCUUGAAGUGACAAGGUCACUUGAUAUUUUGUUGGCCCUUGUCGAGAGCAACCUUAAUCUCAUGGCUCCAUAUACAUGUUUUAUUAACAGCAUUCUCGACUACCUGGAUAACUUGAGCCUCGUCCAGGUAAGAAAAUUGUACCAGCUGUUGAGCAGGUUGGCUUUCUCAACCAAUCACCAAGCGGCAUCAAUACAGGAUGGCUUGCAUAUGAUCAUAAGAAAGCAACUAUCAUCAUCAUCGUUGAGAUAUCAGCAGCUUGGUGUGGUGGGAGGAGUCAUGAUGGUUCUAAAUAUAGCGAGAAAGCCCAACAUGCACAACAACAGCUCGUCAUUCAGUGACGUCAUUCCUUCGUCAUUCAACAACUACGUCAACAACAAUAAUAAUAACAACAACAAUAAUAAUAAUAAUAAUAAUAAUAAUGAUGAUGUUGGCACUGGUGGUGGAGGUUUUUCGAAUGAGAAGUUUGACCUCUGUACUGAUAUUUUGUCCUUAAUUCAGAAGACUGCUUCUAAAUGCCCACACGCGUUGGGAUUGUACUAUGAAGAGAUGUCUACCCUAGUUAAAAUGAAGUGUGUUGAUCCCAAAAUCAAG